AUGUUGGAGAAGCGAAACUCUGCUGAUGGCGGAGGUGGUGACACGGACAGGGACAUGGUUGUGGCGUCCGCCACUGCGGCAGCACCCGCCAAGGAAGCUUUCAGCCCGCAGGAUUCAGCCCUGAACUCUCCCCGGGAUGGCUUCGCAGACGAGAAGACGGAGAGGAUACCGGACGGCGACAUUGGGACGACGUCGCCGUCGUCGAGUUCGGACUAUGGUUCCCACAGGGUUGGAGAUGAGAAGGGACGGGACGGGGUCUGGGACCUCGCGGUGAACGUGUUGACUUGGACACCGAAGAAGCUUCGAUACGACCCGAACAACCCUCCGCAAUUUUCGCUGGCGCAUAACUUCUUGUACGCUGUGGCGGCGACCUUUACCGUUGCGGUUCUGUAUUACAACCAACCCGUAUUGAACAAGAUUGCCGAAACAUUCGACAUCAGCUUUGAAAGGGCGUCGUCAGUUGCGACGCUGAUGCAGGCUGGGUAUGCCGCGGGCUUGCUCUUUAUCUGCCCGCUGGGCGACAUGGUACGGCGACGGCCGUUCAUCUUGAUUCUUAUCUGGGUCACGGCGAUGCUGUGGCUCGGCCUCUGCGUGACCAACUCCUUCGCCGUCUUCUCUGCCUUGUCGUUCCUUGUGGGAGUCACUACAGUCACGCCGCAGCUCAUGCUCCCUCUUGUCGCCGACAUGGCCCCGGCGAACCGCAAAGCGAGCUCUCUCUCCAUCGUCACGUCGGGUCUGAUGCUCGGCAUGCUGAUCGCGCGUCUGCUCUCGGGAAUCGUGGCCAACUUCACCUCGUGGCGCAACAUCUACUGGUUCGCCUUCGGAACGCAGUACCUCCUCCUGAUCCUGCUCUUCUUCUUCAUGCCGGACUAUCCGUCGACGAACCCGGACGGGCUAAACUACUUCAAGGCGCUGUGGACAAUUGUGACCAUGUUUUUCAGCUCGCCGAUCCUGGUGCACGCCUGUCUGAUCGGAUUCUGCAUCAGCUCCAUCUUCACGUCCUUCUGGACAACGCUGACAUUCCUGCUGGCCUCGCCGCCGUACGAGUAUCCAUCGUUGACGAUCGGCUUGUUCUCACUCAUUGGUAUUGCGGCGAUCUGUGGCGGGCCGGUAUACGGACGGCUCAUCAUGGACCGUUACGUGCCAUUCAUGUCUUCGGUGCUGGGACAAACGGUCAUCCUGAUCGGGUGUCUCGUUGGCGCCUUCACAAGCACAAUCACCGUGGCGGGGCCAGUGAUCCAGGCGAUCUGUAUCGAUAUCGGCAUCCAGACGGCGCAGACGGCGAACAGGACGGCCAUCUACACCAUCAACCCCAAGGCGAGGAACAGGGUCAACACAGCGUACAUGGUGUCGGUUUUCUGCGGACAGUUGACAGUUGGGUUCAUCGGGUUGUCUCUGCUCGUGACCCUAUCGAAGGGGCCCCGGGAAAAGGGCUGGAUCGGAUGGAGCGGCGGGUUGAAGCUGCGCAAAGACGAGGCCCCGGCACCGAAGCCGGUCUCGCCCGAGGACGGACAAGGGGCGGAGAAAGUUGUUGGGGAGGAGAAGGGAGCGGCGGUGACCGGGGCGGGCGGGGAGGAAAGCCGGCGAUGA